AUCUCAAUGCCUAAAUCUUCAAAUUAUUAUUAUGCUGUUCUAAUUAGUCACACUCCUGGUGUUUAUAAUACUUUAAAAGAAUAUGGUUCUCAUAAAAACAAUCAAAAAGGUUCUUAUGCUAGAAUUGGAGUUUAUUAUGAAGAUAGAAGUAAAGAAAUUACUGAACCUUUACCUGGUGAUUUACAAACAAACAAUCGAGCAGAAAUAUAUGCAGUAAUUAGAGCAUUAGAAACUUGUGAAGAUCAAUUAAAAAUAAUUGAAAUCAAAUCAGAUAGUUGUUUUGUUAUUGAUUCACUUGAAAGAUGGAUACAUAAAUGGAAAAUAAAUGGAUGA